AUGCCAGGAGACAGAAAUAUUGGUGUUGCUAUGGACUUCUCGCCUAGAAGCAAGAACGCUUUCAACUGGGCCUUUGAUAACUUGGUUGAUAGUAGUGACCCUCUUUACCUCAUCAACAUCAAUCCAAACUCUCUUGAUGAGUCUCAUAACAAACUUUGGGCUAAGUUUGGUUCUCCUCUUACUCCUCUAGCUGAGUUUAGAGAGCUUGAGAUUUUGAAAAAGUAUGGCAUCCAAGUUGACGCCCAUCUCAUGACAAAAAGAGGUAUUUCCUAG